UCUCAGGUCAUGGCUGCAUUUUUCAACCACAAGCUGCACUCGCCGGCGGUGAAGCUAUCCAUGUAUUCCGCCGUUCUGCUUGAAGUCGCGACUGUAUUUAAUGUUCAUCUGCUGCACAACGAGGACCCGGAACAACGGAUCUACAGUCCGGACGGAGAGAAGUAUCAUUUUGUGACUCUCGUUUCAGGAGCACUUCCACGUGAACCGAGGGCACGCGACCCUCCGCCCGCUGAUGUUCAACAAAAUAGUGGGCGACGGCACUGGAGGAAGAUACGCGGGUGGUUUAGUGAAAGGAGAGAAGGAAGUAGCUCCCCGGCUGCAAAAGGUGCAGCCUCUUCAGCUAGUGCAGGGACUCCUGCUGCGCGGGGUGGUCCUCGGACAACACGCACGGAACAAGAAGAAGAGGAGGAAGCUGCACGGCGCGAGAAUGAUCUCCGGGCCUAUCAGAGCGCGCGGGAGAACUUGCUGAAGAAGGAAAAAGAGAUCAUGCAAUUGCACGAUUGCGUAUGCCCUGCCGUUUACGAUUCUUGGACAAGGUUCCUGGACUAUCCGAGAGAGAAAAAAACAGGCAGGUCUGAUUUGCAUAUGCAAAAUUGAAUACGCAAAAAAAUCUGUCUGUCGUUGGCGACCUCCACAUUGCAUGCUAGAUACGCACUACACAAUUUUUUGUGUAUUCAUUUUGGCAAAUAUUACAAAUGCUAAUGCAAAUCUGACGCUGACCUGCCUGCCUUUUUCUGCAGGAUAUGGACCACGACCCAAGAGAUCCCGACCUUCUCACCCAGAAG